CGGGCGGUGGACGUGCGGCGGUGACAGCGGCUCUGAGCGGCGGACACACCGCGGAGAGGAGCGCUGUCUCCGGGGAGCGAGUCCGAGCGGCAGCGCUGCUUCUCCGCGGACAGACUCGCUCACCUGAGAUGCUGGAGCUGAAGAAGAGGUCUGGAUGAAGAGCUGCAGGGAGAAGAGUGGAAGCUGUCGCUGGAGAUGAACUGCAGGUGUGGGUAGCGGAGCCGACCGAGAGGAGCCUCACACCUCUUGCACUGCUUCCCCUCUGGACCCACACGGACACAGAUUGGGCUCAGUUCAAGCGCAGCCAUGCUGAUCAAGGAGUACCGGAUCCCCAUGCCGAUGAGCGUGGAGGAGUACCGCAUCGCUCAGCUCUACAUGAUCCAGAAAAAAAGCAGAGAGGAGAGCUGCGGCGAGGGCAGCGGCGUGGAGAUUCUUGAGAACAAACCCUACGAGGACGGCCCCGGAGGCUCGGGUCAAUACACCCACAAGGUCUAUCACAUCGGCAAACACAUCCCGUCCUGGUUCUGCGCCAUUCUGCCCCAAGCUGCCCUUCGGGUGGAGGAGGAGUCCUGGAACGCUUACCCCUAUACGCGAACCCGGUACACUUGUCCUUUCGUAGAGAAAUUCUCGAUCGACAUUGAAACUUAUUAUAAACCAGACACUGGAACUCAAGCAGAUGUCUUCAACAUGUCCUCCGCCGAAAAGAGACAGAGGACCAUUGACCCCAUAGACAUCGUCAAGGACUACAUCGCUCCUCAUGAAUACCUGGUGGAAGAGGACCCUAAACUGUAUCAGUCAGUCAAAACGAGGCGGGGGCCGUUAUCAGAGGACUGGAUUGAGGAGAUCAACAAGAAUCCCAGUCAGAACGCCGUCAUGUGUGCCUACAAACUCUGCAAGGUGGAGUUCAGAUACUGGGGCAUGCAGUCCAAGAUCGAACGCUUCAUACACGACGUUGGCCUGCGUAAAGUGAUGGUUCGAGCUCACCGGCAGGCGUGGUGCUGGCAGGACGAGUGGUACGGUUUGACCAUAGAGGACAUACGGCAGCUGGAGCUGGAGACCCAGCUGGCUUUAGCCAAGAAGAUGGCACAGUACAGCCUCAGUGAGGAGGGGGGAGCCGAAACCAACGGCUCCUCCGUCAGCCAAGACCCCGAGCAGGGAGCAGAGGCCGCGGGGUCGGCCGCUGAGGCCGAGGGGGCUCGAGGGAAGUUUGCAGAGUCCCUGGAGUCUCGGGGGGAGCUCACCAAGCAGUGGUCCACAUCCUCCAGAUCAUCCAACAGGUCAUCGAAGAGAGGAGCGAGUCCAUCUCAUCAGAACAUUUCAGAGUGGAGGAUGCAGAGCAUCGCCAGAGACUCAGACGACAGCACAGACGAUGAGUUCUUCGAUGCUCACGAGGCCCUCUCUGAUAAUGAGGAAAUGUUCUGCAAAGAGAUCACCAAGUGGAACUCAAAUGAUCUCAUGGACAAAAUAGAAACGAUAGGAGAUGAAGCACAAGAAACUCUCUAUCAGGGGUCGAGUGAGGAGUAUACCCGCCUGAACAACGAGGAGACUCAGAUGGAGGACUGUUCAUCCCAGCAAUGUCCUCAGCCGUCCAAAAUCCACGUCCUCAUUCUGGUUCUGCAUGGUGGCAACAUACUGGACACAGGUUCUGGUGAACAGAGCAGCAAGCAAGCCGAUGUAAACACUCUGAGUGGGGCUUUUGAGACUGUGAUGAGGGUCCAUUAUCCCGCAGCGUUGGGUCGCAUCGCCAUCCGGAUGGUCCCCUGUCCUGCUGUGUGUGUCGACGCCUUCUCCCUCGUCUCCAAUCUAAGCCCCUACAGCUACGACGAGGGCUAUCUGUCCAGCAGCCAGGACCACAUCCCACUUGCCGCUCUGCCUCUUUUGGCUACCUCUGCGCCACAGUACCAAGAUGCCGUGGCAACCGUCAUUUUACGGGCCAAUCAGGUGUACAGUGACUUCAACAAGUCUUCAGAAGGAGCGUCUUUCAAUGGCCAGGUGUGUGUUAUUGGGGACUGUGUUGGCGGUAUCCUGGGCUUCGACGCUCUUUGCAGCAGCUCUGUGACAGUGUCAGAGAGCCAGAACAGCAGCAGACGGGGCAGCACCAUCAGUGUCCAGGACACAGACCUUCUUUCUCCGGGCAUCGUCAUAAACAGCAUCUCUCCAUCCUCGCCAUCCCUUGAAGGAAGCCGACAUCUCAGCCGUAGCAACAUCGACAUUCCCCGCUGCUCCGGCCCAGAUGACCCCAAGACUCAACUGCCACGCAAGCGCAGUGACUCCUCCACGUACGAACUGGACACCAUCAAACACCACCAAGCAUUCCUGUCCAGUCUUCACUCCAGUGUUCUCCACGGGGAUCCAGGAUCACGGCGUUCCAGCAACAGCACCAUGUUGGAGGGAGGCUCCUUGGGGAAGUUCGACUUCGAGGUGACUGACUUCUUCCUGUUUGGCUCUCCUCUGGGUCUGGUGCUUGCACUGAGGAAGACUGUGGUCCCCUCCUUAGAUGUGUCGGCUCUGCGUCCAGCUUGUCAGCAGGUUUAUAACCUGUUUCAUCCAGCCGACCCCUCAGCCUCCCGGGUCGAGCCUCUCCUAGACAAGAGGUUUCACCUGCUGCCUCCCUUCACCAUCCCCCGCUACCAGCGCUUUCCUCUCGGUGAUGGACACUCGGCUCUCUUGGUUGAAACUGUGCAGAGUAACCCUCAGCUUCUGAUGGAGUCUGGAAGCGCAGCAUCCCACCGCUGUCUGGAAAGCCCCAUCAGCGAGACCUCCAUCCCAGUCCCUGUCCUCAACUGGCCAAACUCACAGCUCCACCCAGACACUGACUCUCUUCAGUCGCAUAUCUUUGUGGACGGCCUGUCCCCAUCGUCCCCAUCUCCCGGGGUUCCUCACCUUCGCUGCAGUCGCAGGGCCAGCGAGGUCAGCAUAGCCAGCCAGGUGUCGGGGGUAGCCGACUCUUACACGACUUCCAACAUUGCCACAACAAACAAAUGUGAAGUCAGCCCCACUAAAAGGCCCAGCCUGCUGUCCCACCUGCCUCUACCCUACAAUAGAUUUGUCUCUCGGAGCCCAAGCAAUCGCUCACGCAACAAAAUACGUCGGGUGUUUCCGAGACCCAAUGGCGUGGAGUCUGAGCAGAGCUCGGACGUUAGCUCUGACAUGACCUCGGACAUGACGUCUGACAUCACAAGCAUCAGUUCGGUGCCCCCAUCCCCUGGGUUGCGGAAGAACAUAGAGCAAGUUACGUCUCGCUGGUGGGGCAGUAAGAGGAUGGACUACGCUCUGUACUGUCCUGAUGCCCUGACAGCGUUUCCGACGGUAGCGCUGCCCCACCUCUUCCACGCCUCCUACUGGGAAUCAACCGACGUCGUCUCAUUCCUGCUCAGACAAGUAAUGAGACACGAGAACUCCAGUAUUUUGGAGCUGGAUGGCAAAGAAGUAUCUGAAUUUACUCCGUCCAAACCUCGAGAGAAGUGGCUUCGCAAGAGGACUCAUGUUAAAAUUCGGAAUGUGACGGCGAACCACCGUGUGAAUGACACCGUGUUCACAGAGGACGGCGUGCAGACGGUGACGGGACGUUUCAUGUACGGUCCUUUGGACAUGGUCACUCUCACAGGAGAGAAGAUUGACAUCCACAUCAUGACCCAGCCUCCCUCUGGAGACUGGGUGUUGUUCAGCACAGAGCUCACCAACAGCAGUGGACGCGUCUCUUAUGUAAUCCCAGAGAGCAAAAGGCUGGGUAUUGGAGUGUAUCCUGUCAAAAUGGUGGCCAGAGGGGACCAUACGUUCGCAGACAGCUAUCUCACCAUCAUUCCUAAAGGGACAGAGUUUGUGGUUUUCAGUAUUGACGGGUCCUUUGCUGCCAGUGUGUCCAUCAUGGGGAGCGACCCCAAAGUCCGAGCUGGGGCCGUGGACGUGGUCAGGUACUGGCAGGACUUGGGCUACCUGAUAGUUUACGUCACAGGUCGUCCUGACAUGCAGAAGCAGCGUGUGGUGGCCUGGCUCUCCCAGCAUAACUUUCCCCACGGCGUCGUCUCCUUCUGCGAUGGGCUGGUUCACGACCCACUCAGACACAAGGCCAACUUUCUCAAAUCCCUCAUCAACGAGGCCCACAUGCGGAUCUUUGCAGCCUACGGCUCCACCAAGGACAUCUCUGUGUACACGUCCAUGGGCCUGUCUCCCUCUCAAAUCUACAUCGUGGGAAGGCCCACGAAGAAGAUGCAGCACCAGUGUCAGUUCAUUCCAGACGGAUACGCGUCCCACCUCUCCCAACUGGAGUACAACCAGAGGUCUCGCCCCACCAAGUCUGCCAGCGCCCGUGUGGUCCUCCGCAAGGGCAGCUUUGCUCUGGGCGCAGCCGGGGGAGACUUCCUCCGCAAACGCAACCACAUAUUUCGCACCAUUUCCUCCAAGCAGCCUGGGGGUUCAGGGUCCGGCUCCGCCAACCAGCCCGGCCGGACUGAGCGCACACUGAGCCAGUGCGAAGGGGAGCGGGAGCGAGGGGGCCCGGGGGCAACGCAGAGGAGUAUGAGUAUAGCAGCGGGGUGCUGGGGCCGCAGCGGGAGUGCCAGGGAGGGCAGUGGGGGGUUGCUCGGCCCCAAGUAAGAGUUCACACCAGGAGCUUUGGUGAUAAAGGACCUGGCAUGGGCCACCAUAAUCGCUGGAAGGGGCAAAGAAGGAGGAAAUGGAUUUAAGGUCUUUUGGGUUAUAAAUUAAAGGACCAUGUGAAAGAAACGAUAAAGAUUAGACAAAAGAGAUGCAGAUGGAUCUCUCCAGGAGGAAUGGACUGAUCAGGUCAAGGUGGAUCCAGAAAACAAAACAGUUCUGUAGCAUGACUCUUUUACAGUGAUAAUUUUAUAGAAUGCAUCAUUUAAAUAUUACAGAAAAUUACAAGAAAGAUAUAUGGAAAUAUUGUAAGCCUUAAAUUAAUCUCGUACAACGAGACCCCCUUCAUUUGUGUUUCUGAACAAUGUGCUGUCCAAGCAUUCACACUCAUGAGCUCAGGACAAACUGCAAAACCGCACUCAUCUUCACCCACAUGUUCCAGCUGUUCCAGCAGUGAUGGGCAAUUACAACUGGAAAAAAACCCUCAUGAUGCAAAGACGCAAGGCAAAUGUAACAUCAAAUUAAAGAAAGAAAUAGAUCACUUCAACCACAUUAAAAGAAAGAAAAUAUUGGAUAAAUCUUUGCAGAUAGUUUUUGGUUUCAUUUGUUCAGAAAAGAAGAAAGUCGAUGAAACUUUCAGUUGGGCAAAUUUCUCCCAAAUGCAAAAUGGUUCAUACUGAUGUCAGUGGAAGGUUGUGCUGGGUACAGCCUAGCCGUCCAUCCCUCGUCUGUAACCAUCUCAUCCUAUCCAGGAUCAGCUGGGUCUGCUGGAGUCUGUACCAUCUGUCUGGGCAAAAUGGCACCGGAUCCGGUCAGAUUUCCAAACUUAGCCUAAUGUAAGUGAGUGGGCUUAGCCUGGCCUAAAUAUGGCACCAAAAUAUCUGCAUAGUUGGUGCCUCUAACUUCCAGGUUGAGUCUAAUGCAGAACUAAGUUUAGUUGCAGUUCCUCGACUGGCACCAAAAGCCAAUCAAUCUCCCUUGACUCCGAUGUUAAAAUGUCCAACUUCAGAGCUGAAAUAAAGAUAGUUACAGUCUGGUUUGUAUUAACCCAGCGACGGCUAAACUUUUCUAAUUUUUGAUUUCCCGCCGAGAACAUGCUGGGGUACUUAUAAUACUAGCUCCAGACAUUCAAACAGGAUGCGCAUAGAGUGUAUUUAAUUCAAUUUCUCAAAUCCAGUCCUUAUGGUUUGGGACGAUCCGACACAUCUUGUGAGAACUUUGUCCCACAUGGUUAGAAAUGGUAUUGCUAUACAGAGUGGCCUAAAUAAAAAAAAAAAGCAUAAAAGAUGGAUGAACUGUUCAUUGAUUGAAUGAGAGUACGAUCGUUGAAACGUCUUGCUUCUGAGAGGAAACUACUUCUUGUUUUAGUCACAAAACAGUAUUGUUCGUCAUUGUUUUUAAUACAUAUUCUAAUAGCAGCUGGAGUUUUUAUUGCACCCUGUGUAAAUAUUUCACUUCAGCAUGGCCUCUGGGGCCACCCAAGGCCUUAAUAUGACACUUGCUCCGAAGAAGAAACAGAAAGCAGGAAAAAAUAGGGCAUGCAGCAUUAAAGCAACAACUGAAACUGUACAGUCCACAGCAACAAUCCCUUUAUAUAUUAAUCUGCUUGCAAUACCUCUGAUCCACCUGCUGGUGGCAAUCUGUUUCUCGCUGCUCCUGGGAGACACUGGUGUUCCCCAGAUUUUUGCCCUUUUUGCUCAUCGGUACAGGACAGACCGAGUCUUACUGAGGACCAUGAAAAACGAGGGACAAAUUUCAGGAUUUACUCGUAGCUUUCAGUCACAAAGACCUUUAUUGACAUUUGUACCAAAAGGACUGAUGAAUAAGCUGAAUUUAUUCAGCUUGAAUGUCGCAAACACUGGGCUGAUCCUUUUAGAGGUGAAUGUGCCUCUUUUUCACCUCACCCAGCUUAGCUGCUUAUGUCUACAGAACUGUAUAUUUUCAUGCAAAGAAGACUUGCUGAAGAAGAUGCCUCAUCUGUGAUCCAAAAACACAAUGUGCACAAAACAAAUGUCCUACUCCUGAAGCCACCCCUACCCAUUAAAGGAUAGUUCUGCAGAUUUUCAGAUCUUAAAACACUAGUCAGGUUUCUGUAAGAUCACAGACAUAGGUUUUAUCUAUUCUUUUCUCAUGAAAAUAUCACUUCUCAAUGUGCUUCCAGUUUAAGUGAUGAUGGACAAGAUCACAAGUUGAUUGCAAAUAUCUUUACAUUACAUCCUAUUUAGCUAACAUGGAGGUUCAAAGCAGCCAAGAAAUUAUAGUUUAAGAGCAGCUGUAUACGGGUGGACCUCCUCCUCAAUCUUUUCAAUUACAGUGUUGGUCCUGGAAGGAUCUAGUGACUUGGCUUACUACUACUCCUUACCAAAACAAGGGGAAGAAAAAUCAAGUAGAACAACAAAAUGAACAAUAAAGUAAUUGAUAGGGUUUUUGUGUGUACACUUUUUUUGUGUACAGAGAUGGUGAAGAUGAAUGAGAAGACUUAAACUCGAAAGGUUAAAGGGGACCUAUUAUGAAAAACAAGUUUUUUCUUGCUUUAACAUAUAUAAAGUGGUCUCCCCUCAGCCUGCCAACUCAGAGAAGGAGGAAAGCAACCAAAUUCUGCAGUGUCUGUACAGCCGCCCGGAUGAGCCAUCCAGUGUGCUGUGGCUUCUACGAGCGGAACAGAUUCUGCUCCCUUUCGUUACGUAACCAAAAUGCAAACCACGCCCACAACUAAACACUGUGUCCUAACUGCAUGCGAGCGUCCGACUAUCGCGUCGCACUGCGUGACAUCGGACGCUCUCUGUCCAUCUCCCUCCAGCCAGCUGCCACUUUAUUGAGGUUUUUGUAGUGAAAUGAGGAGGUAUCAUAGAGAUAACUUCUCAUUUCAACUAACUGGAUCAGCCGUUCCUCAUCCGUGACUGUUUCACACAGCGCUUUCAACGCGAGCGACAGGAAGAAAAUAGUAGCAGGGCUUCCGACAAAUGUUCAGCUCAAAACGGCGCGCCACGUCACUGCGUCGCUGCUUUGCUGCGUCGCGGCUUUGCUGCUUCGCGGCUUUGCUGCGUCGCGGCUUCGCUGCGUCGCGGCUUCGCUGCGUCGCGGCUUCGCUGCUUCGCUGCGUCGCUCGCGGCCAGUUAGGACAGUCCAAUAGAAAAUAAAGCAAUGGAAUUGAUUUUGUCGCUGACGCUCGCUCGCAUCGCAUGCAGUUAGGACACGGUAACUCCGCCGGCCGGAGCUUCCGCCAUUUUUUCGUUGCAGUGUAUCACGUCAUUCAGGCAGCCAAUCAGCACAGUGCCUGAUUAUCAUAGCCGCCCCGCCCACUCAGAAUCCAGACACUGGGAAGCUGCAGACAUGGCUCAGAGGCUGAAUUUCUAAUUUAUUUAGCAAAAACAAUCAAAAGCUUGUUUUUAAGACAUUCAAGGCCUGUUUAAAAUAGGUAUUAGAUGCCAUAAUAGGUCCUCUUUAAACUUCACCUCUUGCCUACAGGGUACCCAAUCCGCACAAGUUACCACCACCUUCCACCCAGCAGUUUUUUUAACCUUAUUUAAGUACUUACCCUAUGGCAAGGACUUGUGGAAGACCUGUAGAAGUUCCUGAAAAUCCUUGUUGCGGGACUGUUCUUAGUAAUAUAGAUUAACACUAAUGACUGAAGCCAAGAAAAAAAAACAAGGGCACCCAAUAAUGUAAACCUGUAUAUAAAACAAUGAUUAGAGUUGUUUUUUAGGUCCCAUGCCUAAGUAUAGAUGACUGCAUAAAUAGUGGUGUACCAAAAGGCUCGAUUCUAGAAAUUUUUAUUUUAUUUUCAUAGCUACUCGUUUUUUCCGGUCCUAAUCACUUCCCAACUAAGAGAAAUGCUGUCUAAUAAAAUACAUGUUUUUGAACAGACAGAAGAUUGAUUUUUGCUCCCAUCACUUGCACUGGAAGCGUAAACAAGAGAAAAUGAUUUCAGAUGAGUACCUAACUGUGUUAUUAGACUGAAUAAUCUCCAAACCUUUCCUUUAAGCCUGUGAGUUUUUGGAGGAUGUUUGUGUGAAGCUGCAGCUUUUACAUGAUCCAGUAUUGUAUUUAUUUCCACCCUUUAUGAUAAGCAGUGUCUUCAACCCACCGCAAAAGCCAAAAUCAUUUUCUUAUACUGUAGGUAAUCAACUGUAGAACCUCGUUGUUAUUUUUUGCACUAGUUUAUGGUGGAAAUAUACUGUAGUUGCCAUCUCAUAUCGCUACUUUUGAACACCUCUGUAGUGCAAGACAGUUUUAUUUAUGUCAGGGUAAACUGUACGUGCAGGUAUGUGCAUGUCUGUAUAUUUCACCAAGAUAUGAAAACAAUGUCAGUAUGAUGAAUGUGCCAAACGGUUGAUGGAGAAGAGUAGAAAAUAUUUAAAUCAGGGAUUUUCAAAAUCUGACACUGUGGACCCCCAGCACCAUCAAUAACCACUAUGAUCCCAGUUUUACUUACAAAAUGUGAUGACUCUACUUUAAAAGUUUCUGAACUUAAGAUCACGUCAUGCUUCAGAAGCCAGUGUAAUGGCUGAUUCAUGCCUCUGCAUCAAACCAACGACAUAUGCUGCCGUAACGUAGCAUAGCCACCAUCGUAACCUGACAUGAACCUCUCCAUUAAUGCAACUAUGCAUGAGGUUGAAGCAUGAAAUUUGAUUGGCCUGUUUGGUAGCACUGUAUUCUAUUUCCCGCUGCAUAACUUCUUCUUUGUCAUUUUGAGGUUGGAUAGCAAGAUAAAUUGCUUUAAUCUCAGAAAAAGUUACUAUUUCUCAACAUUUAGCAACUCCAACUCUUUUAUUAUUCCAUUGCUUUGUCUGAGGAACAUAAAGGAAAUAAAGCAUUGAAAGCUACUGUGCUACAAAAAGAGCCCACACUGCCACCUAGUGUUUAACGGUGUAAUUACAGCAAAAUACAACAAGAACAAGCAUGAAAACCAACUAAUACCCUUUUCACAUAGGACUAGUAUUACUUCAGGAUUGAUCUUGAUGCAAGAUGGAAAGUUUCUUUCUACAUGUAGAUGUGCAUGCUCUGGGCUUCGUUGUUUUUAUAGGUCUCCAUCUGAAGCUAAAUGUAAAUUUCUUUAUUUUAUCCACCAAAAACAUAUCAUUAGACUAUAUGUGUGGAUAUAUCAUUACAUAAUAUCCCUAUAUCUACUGUAGCUGCAAAAAUUAUGCUGCGAAAGAGUCAGAAGAAGUGUGAGCUUUCUGUGAUUUGUAAAAACCACGGACAUGGCACAUUCACACCAGAUUAAUAUCACAGCUGGCAUCUGUAAUUACAAAUUGCUCCAAUUCUCUAGAUCAGUGGUUCUCAAAUGGGGGUACGCGUACCCCUGGGGGUACGUGAAGGCACUACAGGGGGUACGUGAGAUUUUAAAAUAUACAUAUAUUUAAAAAGUAGCAUCCACGCAAAAAUCCUUUAAAAAUAAAUAUUUCAUAAAUAAUUGAGGAAAAUAUAAGUCUAAAUUCAUAAAAUGAAUUUUAUCUUCAGGAGUAGGCUAUUCAACUUAUUAUCCUAAAACCGCAGAGUAUCCCCCAUACCAGGAUGGUUCCACCUAACCUGUCAAAAGGCCACCUGGCUUCACCUGUCAAUCUUGGACCAACGAUGGAGUCGUGGUUGAAGCAUAGCAGCAAUAUUUUUUAUGUUUAAUAAAUCAGUUACUGAUGGCAUAUUGCUCUGUUUUAGGUCUUUUUUUUUUAAAACCAAAAGUGCUUUGCGCUGGUUAGGGGGUACUUGGCUGAAAAAAUAUUUCACAGGGGGUACAUCACUGAAAAAAGGUUGAGGACCACUGCUCUAGAUCAUUCUAGUCCACCGCAAAUAGGGCAUAAAAGUCUCCAGUCCGGUCUUGGUCCUGGUAGGGUCCACUAUUUAUUUGAUUUUUUUGGAGAGAACGAUUACGCUAUGCUAGCAUCUACGGCUAGUUAGCACACUCAGCACAGAAAAAAAAUACUUUUAUCAUUGUGUAAGCUGUUUGAAACUAGAAAAUAUGUUUCUCUUCCAUGGCAGCAACAAGUUGAUGGUGAUAAUAUUAGCAUGGCUAGCAUUAGCAUCAAACUACCCUAUCCUUAAAGAACUGAGGUUUCUUUUGUUUUCUUUUUGUUUUUUUUUUUUUUUAUAGUUUUGUAGCAUAAAAAUGCCAAAUGGGUGGUUUAAGGUUCUUAUUUACACCCUUGAAUGUACAAUCAACUUUCAUGGAAUUACGUCUUUGUUGAAAAUAACAUAUUUUUUUGUAUAUGAUGGAUAUUGGAAAUAGAAAGUAGAGCUUUUAAAUUGUUAAUUGGGAUAAUGUAGAGUUUAUAAAAUGUUUUAUGGGAUAAUGUGAGAUCACAGGCCCAAAAACACCUAAAGCGUCCUAUUGGUUUUUAACACGUCUGGGUGGUCCUUAUUCUUUGAAAACCCCUCAUUUAAACUACACCCACCCUUUAUCAGAAUAUGAUAAACACUGUGUACUGAGAGUGUUUCUUACUGCUUUGAGUUGAUUUUUUCAUCAGAAAAUACUUUGAUAUGUGUAGUUCAUGUUGUGCCGUAUUUAUGUUACAGGUUUUUGGGUAACAAGAUAUUCCCCUUCAGCCGUUUGGCUGCGAAGUUGAAUGUCUGUCUGCACAUCUGGAUCCUGAGACUGUUCGGGAGCCAUGGUUGUGUCGUUGUACAAAGAUGUAAAUGUAGGAUUUAAAUGGUUCAGAGCUAUUUAUUUACACAAAAAUCAUGUUAUUUGAGAAAUUUCAGGUGAAUUAUAUUUGAAAUAUGUAGCAUUUUAUUUGUGAGUUUGACUGUCAGUGAGGCGAUGGACCAACACAAGGUUUUUGUUUUUACCAGUGCAAUAUUCCAGUUACAGCAGGGGAACAAUCUAUCAAGAUACAAGCUACAGGCGGUUUGAAACCACACACACUCAUGAACCAACGACGGCUGUUUAACACCUCAUGAAAGCUGAAUUUAAGCUUCUGUACACCACUGCUGAUUCUUUACAGCAGACAACUGCUGAGCAUUUUAUAGGACUUACAGUACCUAUUUUUCAAGCUGGAAUAUUUUACAAAAACUUUGAAAUAUAACUGGAGACUUUUUUCAGUCAGAUUAAGUGCAUGGGAAAUCAAACCUCAUAACGUAGAACUAUUUAACAAUCUGUUGCAUGUUGUCUAUCAAAAUGAAACUACUUAACCUUCAUACUUAACAAUGAUAAAGCAGUUAUGUUGUCCACUUUACCCUCAUUGUUUAAUUAAAUGUAUAAUAAAAUUAUUUGAAAAAUACAUAUGAAACUAUUGCCAUUUUGGAUUGAAAAAUAAAUAAUUAAAUCAGACAUCGGGAGAGCUGUUUGUGUUUUACCCAGAGUUUUGAAUGCUAAUGUGUUGUUAUCAAGACUGGUAGAUCCCUCAUGUUCUGUCUAUAAAAUCUGAAACUA